UAAAUUGCUUCUCCUGAGCUUUUGACUACUCAUUCUAUGCAACUACUUGUGAAAGCAACUUAACCGAUUUUAGUGAAGAAAUAAAAUAAAGAUCUUUAAACCCAUCUGUUAAUGCCAGAUCCCAUUAACAGGAUUGCUCCUCCCCCACAGAGCCCGAUUAUGCUAUUAACAGCUUGCUGUUAAUAGCAUAACCGCUUGCUCUCAGUACUUGGCCCUCCGCCAAGUACUAUUACUACUACUACUAUUAUUCCUACCACACUACUGAGUACAACGACUUGAAUUACCGCCAUUUUGCGUGUGCUUAAUAAAAAUAAGUUUUUAAAGAAAAAUAAACACACGUGUUCUUAUUGAAGACCACAUCCCUACAACUUUGCUUAUUUGAAGACUCCACCCUGCAACAUUUGGUCCUUCGAGCCGGAUAUAUACAGAUCCACCAGCGAUUCUUAGGAGUGUCAGAUAACUAUGUCAUCAGCCAAUCAUUCGAUUCAAUCCGUGGAGACACCUGGCAUCAAUUCCUUCCGAUGCCGCGUGUGUAGAGGGGUCCACGCUCUGCGGAAGUGCAGGCGUUUCCUGGGCCUUCCGGCCGAAAAACGUCUUCGCGCCGUACUCAUCAACAAGUACUGCGCGAAUUGUCUGGCGCACCAACACUCCGGGCAAUCCUGCCGAAGCAAAGCGAAAUGUAAGACGUGUGGCCAGAGCCAUCACACGCUGCUGCAUUUGCCUGGAGCUCGUCGCCGACAGCGACGUCGUCCCGCUGCAGCCCCUAUCAGCGGGCCCACCUCCUCCGCCUUCGCCGGGACACCUACACCCCAAAAAGGAUCCCGCAAAGGACGACGCCACCAGGCAGCAUCCAGGGCCACGAAGGAAGCCACGCCGCCGCUGAGCACGCUGAUGCAGCACAAGGCCGUCAGCAUCCUGCCCACGGCAAUUGUCGUUGUGCAAACAGGCCAGAAAGAUUUCGAUGUGAGGGUGUUGAUCGAUCCGUGUAGCCCUACUACUCGGAUCAAUGCUUCAUUGGCAAGGGCCAUGGGUCUUUCCGCCACUAGCGUGGGUCCGGGAGAGGUGUGCACGGCGACCAUCUGCUCAAAAACAUCAGAUUUUCACAUUGACGCUAUCCUGCAAAUAGUCGGCAUAAUGCUUCGCAUUAUGAACUUGAUUCUUUGGUGCGGAGAUUUGCCCGUCCGCUUCCGAAUUGCUCGAACUAUUUUCAUUCCGAAAACAGUUAGAGUGACAAGACCGCAAGACUUUCGUCCGAUAUCGGUGCCUUUGGUCGUGGUGAGACAACUGAAUGCUAUAUUGGCGUCAAGGUUAGCGGACUCCGUUAACUAGGACCCAAGACAGCGAGGCUUUCUACCCACGGACGGAUGUGCCGAUAACGCGACCAAAGUCGAUUUAGUCUUGAGGGAUCUUCAUAAGCCCCCGUACUGUUCAAUUUGGUCAUUGACCGGUUGCUCAGGUCUCUAUCCAACGACAUCGGUGUCAGUGUCGGAAAUGCCAAAACUAAUGCUGCAGCCUUCGCAGAUGAUUUGGUGCUGUUUGCUUCCACCCCUAAGGGCCUUCAGGAGCUCUUGGACACUACGGUUGUGUUUCUAUCAAUCG